UCUUAAUUAUCUCAGCAAUUUUUAGGUGAUUUAUUCUAGGUUAGAAUUUUAACUGUUGGUUUUGUUUUGAGAAAGCGAAUAUUAGCUGCAGUGCUGCACCCCUAACGUUGAGAUAGUGGCUGGCAUCAUGCACAGAGGUUCAACAGAAAUUGUUGAGACAGAUCGCCCGAAAUGCAAAGAGGAGACUGUACCACCUGAUGAUGUAGUUGAUCAUCCUCUCGACCGGUAUCGCAUAUAUAAUAUUGUGACUGGAUCACUUAUAUUUGGUUAUUACUAUGGAUUUAUCCUCUCGAGAUUUUAUAUCCAAGAUGAUAUCCAGUCGAUUAAACAGGAAAUCAUACGGACAGGUGUACUAGGGGCAGUGAUUGGUUCGGCAAUUGGGGGUUGGAUAAAUGACUUUCUAGGUCGAAAAUUUGCAAUCUUAUUUGCCAAUGCAUUGAUAUUCGUCAGUGGAGUUCUACUGUCUAUUGGUGAUUGUUCCUCUGAUUGUUGGUUGGCAACUGUUUGGAAGACAUAUAUAGGUUUGGGGGUCGGAAUGGCAUCAAUAACCUCACCUAUAUACAUAUUAGAAGUUUCUUCAACUCAUCUUCAAGAACACCUUCAUACUCGAAAUUGUAUGCUUUUUGCUGUUGGAAAAUUCAUCUUCUUUUGUGCUGAUACCAAAGUUACUUCUUACAUUCAGGAGCUAGAGAAGACUUCGGAUUAUAUGAUCGCAGUAGUAGGGUUUCCAGCUCUACUUCAAUUUGUGAUAAUGUUGUCGCUCCCUGAUUCACCUAUUUGGCUAUAUAAAAGAAACCGGAAAGAGGCCGCAAUUAAAGAAGCUUUGAGGAAAAUUUACAGUUCUGAUGAAGUUGUUGAGAAAGAGCUUGGUGCAUUAAGUAUGUCAAUUAAGAAUGAAACAGAUUGUCAAGAUGAAAAAGACUCUUCUGUUAGGAGUAUCUUGCUUAGGAUAAGGACAACAUGGGCUAAUCCUUUAGAACGCACAAAGAUUGUUGUUAGCAUUGGUGUGCAAGUCGCGGAACAGUUAAUGAGUGAAAACAUGAUAAUGUAUGUUCUUCCCUGUAUCAUGAGGAUGGGUGGCAUCUUUGUAUCACCGAACCCUAAAUGGGACAUCUGGUACAUGAAGUUUUCUUUAUUAACGUGGUGUGGUCUAUAUGGUAUUCAUGGUUCAGGUCUUCCUUACUUUACUAUGAAACUUCGGAGGAGGAAAACUUUGCUUGUCAAAUCAUACCGUAUGAUGGUGGGUCUUUUUGUGUUAAGCGUCAUCUUUAUAAUAUCACCAGAUAAUACUGAAGGAGUGAGUAAAUUGGAGACUGUCACCCAUUUUGGUGAUAGUGCAUGUUCGAGUUAUAUUUCAGCUCCAGAUGCAGAUACAUGGAACUGUGCGACAUGCCUUCGAGCAGGAUGUGGGUUUUGCGCUGGUAUUGAUGACAAACUCAUGCGUGCACCUGGCGGUGCCUGCUUGACGAUAGAACCUAAUGGGACAUCAGCAUCCUGUUUGGCUGAACAUCGGAUUUGGUUCACACAAGAUUCCGUCACAAGGCAAUGCGGAAUAAGUCUUCCUGGAGCAGCAUCUAUUGAAUUUUUACUAGUCUGUGUUGUUCCCUAUACAUUUGCGUUGGAAUCACAUAUGUGUUCAAGGAUGUACAAGGCAGAAGUUAGAGGCAAACUUGUCGGGACGGUUGCAGCGACUAACUGGAUCUUCUUCCUUGCGGUCAUUGUAUCAUCUUAUAUAAUAAAUAAAGUUGUAGGGUUUCCCUUCUCAAUGCUACUCAUCAGUUUGAUUUCUUUCUCUGUUACUCGGUUGAUCAAAUGGUCUUAUUUGUCGGUACCUGAGAUGAAAGGUUCCUUCCAGUCGGAAGAUAGUCAGUCAAAAGUCAGUUGAAGAGAUACUCUUGGUACAAAUAUUGUCACCUUUUAUGUUUCCUUAGGUUUAAUAACUAGCUAGAAGAUUUAAGUUAGGGUAGUUUGUCUUUCCGUCGUUUAUGUUUCCUUCCUUGGGUUUUCCUUCCAAGACUCACUGUUCUAGCAUUGCCGGUGUCAUGCGACCAAAUUGUGU